CACUACUUAAAGUGGGAAGAUUUUUGUCCAGAGCCACUGGGACAUCCAACUGCAAGCCUGCUGCCAGAUUCAGUUCCAGACUCCAACGCCGCACCAAGCAAUGAUGAAGAACCCGAGAGCUGAACUGGUGUUGGGUUUGUCCUCGCUUAUUCUUGUGCUUCAAGGGAAGACUAAUGGACAAGGGCAGACCUUCAAUGACGGAGGGAAGCUCCAGCUCCCUGAAAACUACAAGAUCGAUUGGAUGAAGAGCCUGAAUGACAAUAAGCUCCUUUCAGAAAUCACUCUGCCUGGAACCCAUGACACCAUGGCUCUUUACGGAGGCCCAGCUGCGGAAUGCCAGGCGUGGUCGCUGGAGGAUCAGCUGAAGGCCGGGAUCCGCUACCUGGACCUCAGAGCGUUUGCUUUUGAAGACAAGCUGUACCUCAUGCACGGGAUCGUUUACGAGCACUCAACCUUCACCAAAGCUAUGGACACCAUCAAGAGCUUCCUGUCCGCUUACCCGAGCGAGACGGUUCUGGUCCGAGUGAAGCCGGACCUGUUUGAUAAGAGUAAAGUUGAAGGACUGGUUGAGAAGGCAACAGCUAACGAUCCUAACAUCUGGGUGCUCUCCACCAUGCCAACCUUAGGCAAGGUCAGAGGCAUGGUUGUAUUUAUCCAGAAAGACAGCUUCACGCUGGGUCUCCCUCUGAACGAAACUGACACCAAGGGAGAUUACGAGGUUGUUCACAUCAGGCACAAAGAGGAAGAGAUCGUACUCAACCUGAACAAGGCCUUGAACGAAUGUGGCACGGCUUCCAUCGUUCUGACCUACUCCAGCGGCACAGGCAUUGGCACCUUCGAGGGCAUGUUCUUGACCCCCAAAAGAGUGGCUGAGAAGAUCGACCCCUGGCUCUAUUCCUAUCUGCAACUUCUCUAUAACAACGUCCCUAAUCUCUGUUUCGGUGUCAUAGCCAUGGACUUCCCAGGACUUGACCUCAUCCAGACAGUCAUCGAUUUUAAUAACUCGUAGACGGGCCUUUGCGGUUUUGUUUCAAAUGAUGAAUUCACAAUUUCACUUUUUAAAAUAAUGAUAAAAUCAUAGCUUUUGUUUACAUUGAUCAAUUAAGAACAAAAAAAGCAAAUGAUUACGUAUAUUUCAUUAGAUACUUGUGCUUAAGAACGCCACUCUGAAUAAUGUUGUUGAGAA